AGCGAGCCUACAUCAGUGGCACUGCUGAUGGACUUGAGAUGUCUUUUCCUGCGUCUCGCUCACAGCAACUUGGGAGCCUAAUCAAAAUAACACACUUCUACUCGAACUUCAACGUCAUUCGUCAUCGUCAAAGGGAAGGCACCAUUCGUGUGGGAGGAUGAGAAUCCAGUUCUCGCUCUGGUGUGUCGGCUUGCCAUUUUGCCCAAUCGGCGAUUCAUAUACCCAUACCCAGACCGUAUCUCGAACACGUCCCUCCGCGAUAGCUAGCAGACCAAAGAUUGCACAACCGAGGAGUCUGCAUGGGUGCGAUCGUCUACGGACAGAUGGGUGAUUGAAUAUUGACAGGGCCGCAGACAGCCCCGCAUGCUUGGGCUCUCCAUCACAGAAAUCUUCCUUUGAGAGGGAUCGUCCUCGACGAUUAGCCUUGCUUUGUGUGUUGCCGACGUGCUAGAGAAGUUGCGGACGAGGAAUUAAAGCGGGACUGCCAUGUGCUGGGACUUGAGGCUGGCCCAACCUGGCGCAGGGUCCGAGAAUCCACCGCGACGAUCAAUUUCUCUCAGCAGCCACUUCGGCAGACAGCCGCCAAUGUCACUCCCCUCCAGUGGCCUGCUCAGCAGUCGAGUUGUGUGAAUCCUAUCUACGGUCGUUGCAUAUGGAGGUGCAAGCAGACGUCCCUGCAGGCAGUUUAAAUACGCUGAAGGCUUCAUCCGGUGCCUGGAAGAAGGAAACGCUGCGGCAAGAUGUCUGCGCCCCCCGCCAUUGCUCCAGCCAGUGCCGACUCCGAUGCAUACUUGCCAUUCGUGAUCACUGCUGCGAUAGCCUUUUCUCUGAUGGUUUGGGAGUAGUAAGUGAUCGUGUCCCUAUCUAACGCGUUCCGUCUGAGGGCUUAACCAUGCCCUUAGCGCCCUCCAGCUUCCAAUUGAGAUCAAGCUAUAUGCCAGAAGACGUGUCUGGAACAAGGCACCCGCAUACGGAUUUGUCGGACUGCGCUACGGCAGUCUCCUCGCCACCGCUCCGAUGCUGGUCCUCUCUGUGGCAAGGCUGGACAACUGCCAAAUCAUGGCGUCGCUGGCGCAGGCUGGAUCGGUGCUGGUCGUCGCUGGAUCCGCAGCCAUCAUAACUUUCCGCACGGGUCUGCUGUGGGACGACCACCAGGGAGUGCUGGCGCCCUUGGGUGCGAUGGGGAUGCUGGUUACGACGGCUUGGGUUGUUCUUGCGACGAAUUAUCGAGCCACUUCCGAGUCCGUGCUUGUAUUGAAUGGGAAUUGUCGUAUCUCCCCGACUGUUGUUUGGCUACCUCUUGCCAACACCGCGUUCCUGAUCUUUCUGCUCUCGGCGCUGGUUCUGUCGCUUUGCAAGAUUCGAUUCUUCCAUCCGCGGGACUCAAGGGUCGCGUACAACAUGUACCGUGAUUACGUCGCCUGCGUCACUGGCAUCACAUGUGUCACACUGGCCGCGCUGAUCAUCGAGGGCCUCGCGCCUCGAUCUGGCGCAUUCGCCCUCAGCUCGAAACUGCUGCAGAUUGUGUUCGUUGCGGCCCUUUCCUCCCGGGCAUUCCAGAACUAUCUCCUCGCGGACGUGAUUGAAGCCGACGGAUCGCAUGUACGGCCGUACCCAACCAGUUUCACGACCGUGUCGCAUACGAGCGAACUCAAGUACCCGAAUCCAAGUCCGAGCAGAAGCCCGAAUCCUGCGUCUGCAAGUCCGUUGAUGACUUUCUCCCCGACCAGUCCCUUCUCGGCUGUGACACCGUCUCCUUUUUCGCCGGCACCGUCGUCCUCACCCACGGGCCGAAGUCGCCUCGGGUCGGUGGAUUCGAAUGCUGCUGCUCCCGUGGUCCAUGCCGCGUCGUCGACGCUUGCUGGACGGAACCGUCUCGGGUCGGCGGAUUCGGCUGUCAGCGGUACUGCCAACACUGGGAAUGUGCUCGCUGGGUCGUAUACGAAGUUCCCUUCGCCGCCUGCGUCGUACGAAAACGCUUCUCCGCUUACUGGUGCCUCUUCGUCGAGGGUCGCUGCAACGGGCCGGACUAUGCCUGUGGCCUCCUCGUCCGUUGCGUCCAGCAGCAAACCGCGUUUGCCCACGCCAUUAGCCCCGCUGCGACGGAACGAAAAGCCGAGAUCCACACUUCCUGCACCUCCGCUUUCAGGCUGGUCGGAUUCUUGAACAUUAGUAACAACAAAUCUUCUCGUAUCUACUUAUAUACUUAUGUAUUUAUCUGACAAUCGACCACCUGGUACAGUUCGUAUGUGAUGCUGGCACC